AUGAGAAGCGCCAACGGACAGACGAUCACCGUGUGCGGCAACGUCUUCCGUUUAGAGGAAACAAUCGGAAGAGGUUCUUACGGCACAGUGCACAAGGCCAUCAAUUUGUCGUCCGGGGCAGCUGUGGCUGUAAAAAUGAUUGGCAAAGAUAAACUCCGGCGUCCAAACGAACUCCAAAGCAUCGAAAAGGAGAUUGAGACCAUGCGCGUGGCUGUGGAGCAGUUCGAGAACGGCCAUCCGCAUAUUGUGCGGCUGCUGUGCACGAAAGAGUCGCAGCAUCACAUUUUUAUUGUGCAGGAGUAUUGUGCUGGUGGGGACAUUGCGCAGCUAAUGAAGGCGAACAAUGGGCUCGCGGAAGAGCAAGCACGGCUGUACAUGUCACAAUUGGCGUCGGGGCUGCAGUUUCUACGCUCGCAGAACGUGGUACAUCGUGAUUUGAAACCUGCCAACUUGUUGCUCUCGUCGCGCAAUGUAGCGACGGUGAAGCUGAAAAUCGCGGACUUUGGUUUCGCGCGAGAGCUGGGAUCGGAGAUGAUGGCUGAAAGUGUGGUGGGCUCGCCUCUUUACAUGGCGCCUGAACUGCUGGAGUACAAGAGCUACGAUGCUAAAGCUGACUUGUGGUCGGUUGGCAUCAUUCUGUACGAAAUGAUUGCAAAUGAACACCCGUUUCUUGUGGUAGACAAGUGCCACGCAACGAACCACUUGGCAUUGCGCCGGAACAUCUAUCGCUAUUUCGAGCGCCACGGCCAUGUUCGGUUUCCAAAGAAAGUCUCGGUGUCUCUUGAGUGCGAGCAAUUGGUGGGGGCGCUGUUGCGGGUAGACCCACGCAAGCGAAUUUCGUUCGAGGAUUUCUUCCGCGCGCCAUUUUUGUCGCUGCCCAAUUUGAUAGAAGCUGCCACGUACGCGGACCAUGCAGAUUUGACCAGCUCUGAUACGAAGCAGCCGCUUGUUGCCGAAAAGCAACCUGAAUAUGAGGACUGGGCUACCUUUAGCGACGAAUACGUGAUGGUGGAAAACGAAUACGAGGACGUUGGUAGGAAGAUUCUCGACGGCCAGGACCUGAAGGUGAAUUUGGACGAGAAGGCAACACCUCGCAUGAAAGACUAUGCGUCCGCCGCCGAUGCAGGCGGCACUGCUGUUGAUUGCAGCGUUGAGAUUAGUGAUGUUGUGAUCGACACGUCUUCUCCCUCGAGCGGCAAAGUCGCUCACGAGUCCGUGUUUACAUUAACACAAGCAGAUUUCGAAGGAGACACACAUACGCUGGCACGCGAAGUGCUUCCAGCUACUAAAAAUGACAACUUGCUGGUCGAUGAACGCCGCCAAUGGGUUACUGAUGACAAUCGUCUUGAGGAACUGCUGGGCAUCUGCUACAAGAGCUUCGCAUGUGGCAGCGUGGCACUCUUCGUACCCACUCCGUUCGGCGACUAUAUUGCAUUUCACGAAGGAUGCCCUCACUAUUACCUGUCGGACGAAUCAGUCGCAGCAUCGAAGAAAGAUGAUAGAAACCCUCCGUACGUUCUUGGACACAUUGUCUACAUCGAAGACCAUGAAACGACGGGGAAUUCGAGCCCGUAUUGCCUCCGAGAAGGUACCAAGUAUCACGUCGUGUCUGUAACGCCCUUAGCGACAUCAUCACAUGAUGCGAACGGCAGUGUUGGCACCGUCGAAAAGUUGUCCGUCUCGGACGAGUUACCGCCUUCACAGAUCUUGACUGGCCGCACUGUUGCGAGUGAUGUCGAAGAGAGCAGCUUGCAUGAGUGUGUUGGCGAGCAGCCAUCUGCAGCUACUACGCAUGGCCCAGUCGAGCACCAGCGGAUAUCGUUUCGAAGCUUUCAAAUCAGCUCACUGGCAUUGUUUUUCCUGAAGGGUGGCAAGCUUCCGUAUGUGGCGUUCAACGAGGGAGCUCCAAACUACUAUCUGGCGAACGAGUCGAUUCAAGCAGCAAUCUUGGGUGUAGGUGGCGAUCGAACGCCGCCUGCUUACAUUUGCGGCGAGAUUAUCUUUAUCGAUACUUUCCAGGCGACUGAGGAUUUUAACCCGUACCGCCUGUCAUACGGAACCCGAUUCUAUGUGGUAACAGUCGCGAAUCCGAAAAGAACGUAG